UCGAAAUCUGCCUUUCCAUCUAAACCUAAAAUUCUGAAUAAAUUGUAUUUUUACUGUAAUAUCAAUAAAAUCGGAGUUUUAAAUUAUCUCAAUACAUUUCCCUAAUUCGAAUGAAUAACUUCUAAUGGGCGGUCAUCAAUAAAAAGUGUUUUAAAUAGGACAAAGACAAUUGAUUAUGUUAUUAAUUGCAUUUAUUGAUAAUUCCGCGUUUUACUAGUGUUUAGAAGUGUUUAUGUGCCCUAAAUAGAGGUCAACAACGUCUCUUUAUGAACUUGCAUCCGAGUGAUAAGUGAUGACUGGAAAUGGCUGACGGGAGAGCAAUUUCGUAUGAAACUACCGAGAUGGUCGAGAAGGAAAAGUCCGAGGAGCCGCCUCAGGACCUGAUCUCAGUCCGUGUCCCUAUAAAUGGCAUGACAUGCCAGUCGUGCGUGAGAAGCAUAGAGGGAUCCGUCGGGGAGCUGGAGGGAGUGAAGUACGUCAAGGUGGAGCUAUCGGAAAACGCCGGCUACUUCAGGUAUGACCCGCGCACGUGCUCCGCGGACGCGAUCCGCUCCCACAUAGAAGAUAUGGGCUUCGAGGUGCCCACGGAUAGCUCGGAAGAGACCAGAAAGCUACUGCCCCGCGAGAUACCGACAGACCUACUGAUCGACAUGACGGGCGCCGGGCCGCCGCAGCAGGACACCGAGCUGGCGGUCACGGGGAUGACCUGCCAGUCGUGCGUCAACACCAUCGAGGGUACCUUAAAGGAGAUGCCAGGCGUGAUCCGAGCUAGCGUCAGCCUGGCUGAGAACAAGGCUAGCGUCACCCACUCGCGCGGCGCGGUGACGCCGCGGCAAUUGGCCGACGCGGUCUACUCGCUCGGCUUCGAUGUGGAGAUUAUCGGUGGAACAGAUACACCGCACGAUCAAGCGUCAGGCGAUGGCGCCAAAAUGUCACCGGCUAAAGCCAAAGCUCAAACUAAUGGUACAGUGUCCCCCCUCCCAGAGGAGAUAUCGACGUGCACGCUCGAAGUGCGCGGCAUGACGUGCGCAUCUUGCGUCGCCGCCAUUGAGAAGCACUUCUCGAAAAUAAACGGCGUGCACUCGGUGGCGGUGGCGCUGCUGGCCGCCAAGGCGGAGGUGCGGCACGAGCCGCGCCGCGUGUCCGCCGCCGCGCUCGCGCACUCGCUCACCGAGCUCGGCUUCCCCGCCGACGUGCUCAGCGAGAGCGGCGCGCCGCGCGACCUGCACCUCGCGAUCAAAGGCAUGACGUGCGCGUCGUGCGUUAACAAAAUUGAAAAAACCGUGCUGAAAUUGAACGGCGUUGUGUCCUGCGUGGUCGCGCUCACCACUUGCAAAGGUAAAGUGACAUACGAUCCGGAGGUGAUCGGCGCUCGCAAGAUCUGCGACGCGAUCAGCGGUCUCGGGUUCGAAGCCACGGCGCUCAACACGCACACGAGGAACACGAGCAAUUACUUCGAGCACAAGGAGGAGAUAAGGAAGUGGCGUAACGCGUUCCUCGUCUCGCUGAUAUUCGGCGCGCCGUGCAUGGCCGCGAUGGUCUACUUCAUGGCGGUGAUGGGCGACGGCGAGGCGCACCGCGACAUGUGCUGCGUGCUGCCCGGCCUCAGCCUGGAGAACCUCAUCAUGAUGGCGCUGGCCACGCCCGUGCAGGUGGGCUGCUUCCAGGUCACCGUCGCCGAUGGAGCCGGUGGGCCGCCUGGUGGUGAGCGCUACCACCGCCCCUACUUGUACUCGCUGUGCGUGGUGGCGGCGGCGAUGGCGCUGCGGCAGGACACGUCGCCGCUCACGUUCUUCGACACGCCGCCCAUGCUGCUCGUGUUCGUGUCGCUGGGCCGCUGGCUGGAGCACAUCGCCAAGGGCAAAACCUCCGAGGCCCUGUCCAAGUUGCUCUCGUUGAAGCCGACAGAAGCUGUGCUGGUGACGUUGGAUAGCGAGGGGAGGGAAGUGGGAGAGAAGAGUAUACCGGUGGAGUUGGUCGAGAGGGGGGAUAUAUUGAAGGUGGUGCCGGGCGCUAAAAUACCAGUCGAUGGUAAAGUGUUAUCCGGCCAGAGCACGUGCGACGAGUCAUUGAUAACCGGAGAGUCUAUGCCUGUACCCAAGUCUAAAGACUCGCUCGUGCUGGGCGGCAGCAUCAACCAGCACGGCGCGCUGGUGAUGGCGGCGACGCACACGGGCGACGCGUCGGCGCUGGCGCAGAUCGUGCGGCUCGUGGAGGACGCGCAGACCAGCCGCGCGCCCGUGCAGCGCCUCGCCGACACCAUCGCGGGGUAUUUCGUACCAAUCGUAGUGUUCCUCUCCGUGCUGACCCUCGUCUGCUGGAUGAUCAGCGGCGCGAUAGACAUAUCGAGGAUAAAGAGUAUCACGCCGCCGAUGUACCGCAACUUCUCGGACUGGGAGCUGAUCGUGCAAACGUCGUUCCACUUCGCGCUGUCCGUGCUCGCGAUCGCGUGCCCGUGCGCGCUGGGGCUGGCCACGCCCACCGCGGUCAUGGUCGCCACGGGCGUGGGCGCCUCGCUCGGCCUGCUCAUCAAGGGCGCCGAGCCGCUGGAGCACGCGCACAAGGUGAAGACGGUGGUGUUCGACAAGACGGGCACGAUCACGCGCGGGUGCGCGCGGGUGGCGCGCGUGGCGCUGCUCACGGGCGAGCCGCGCGACCUGCGCGACCUGCUCGCCUGCGUGCGCGCCGCAGAGCUCAACUCGGAGCACCCGCUCGCCUCCGCGAUAGUGCAGUGGUGCACGGCGGUGCUGGGCGAGGAGGCGCGCGCGCACUGCCGCAGCUUCACCGCGGCGCCGGGCUGCGGCCUGCGCGCGCGCCUCGCGCUGCGCCCCCCACACCCCCACCCCGCACACCCCGCACCCGCGCCGCUCUGCCACCCGCCCGCCGGCAGGGAGACAUCGUCGUUCCAGCUCCACGGGGUGCCAGUGGACAUCAUAGAGGGCGAGGGAGAUUCCGCGCUCAGCUCUGCGCAGGCGGCGCAUCGCCUCAACGCCAUCAUACGGACGGAUAGCGAUCAGGAGGUGGAGCAGCUGGUGCUGAUCGGCAACCGGGAGAAUUUGAAAUUUGGAACUAUUACUUCAGAGGAAAAUAAAACGUAUCGAAUUCACUCGAUAGAUCAACUAGUGUGCACGAUCGGCGUGGCGGACGAGGUGAAGCCCGAAGCCCACCUCGCGGUCUACUGCCUCAAGAAGAUGGGGCUGGAGGUGUGUCUGCUGACCGGCGACAACAGGAAGACGGCGGUUGCCAUCGCGAGACAGGUUGGCAUCACGAAAGUGUACGCGGAAGUGUUGCCAUCGCACAAAGUGGCUAAGAUACAAAAGUUGCAGGAGAAGGGACAGAAAGUUGCCAUGGUAGGCGACGGAGUGAACGACUCGCCGGCGCUGGCGCAGGCGGACGUGGGCAUCGCGAUCGCGAGCGGCACCGACGUGGCCGUGGAGGCGGCCGACCUCGUGCUCAUGCGGGACGACCUGCUGGACGUGGCGGCGUGCCUGCGGCUGUCGCGCGCGACGGUGCGCCGCAUCCGCCUCAACUUCGUGUUCGCGUCCGUCUACAACCUGCUCGCCAUCCCGCUCGCCAGCGGCGCCUUCGCGCUGCUCGGCCUGCAGCUGCAGCCGUGGAUGGCGUCAGCGGCAAUGGCGAUGAGCUCCGUGUCGGUCGUGUGUUCCAGCCUCUUGCUCAAAACGUUCAAGAAGCCGAGCCCCUCGUCGCUGCGCACGGCGGAGUACGAGGCGGAGCUGCGCGCGCGCCCCCCCGCCGCCGCCGCGCCGCCCCGCGCCCGCGCGCGCGCCGACAAGCCCGCGCCCGACGCCGCCGCCUCGCCGCUCGCCAGAUUAUUCCAAAGGAACAAAUCGUCUGACGGUUGUCUAUUGCAAGAGGAGGACGACUUGAUGACCGUCUCGUUUAUACCAAAGAGGCCGACGAGGGAGCAACCGAGUAUUAACCGCGAAUUGUAGGCAGGGAGCCGGUUGGAAAAUUUCUUAUGUCAUUUGAUAUUUUUUUAUGGUGAUAUAUAGUUGCAUUUGCGACGCGUAGGCUCGAUUUGUAUAUUAUUGAUUGAAAUGCAUUUCAAGUUAUUUUGAUUAAGCAACGUUUGAAGUUUUGUAAUACAAGUUCAAAAUAUUUAUUUAAA